AUGCGCCCUGCCCACGGAAACCAUUCUAUAAUCCCGUCCAUCACAGCAGAAUCCUCGGACCAACGCGGCUUCCCUCCCCCGCCCCGUUCCCAGUUUCCGGAAGCAAAACCACUGGCGCCGCGCCGUCCCACUCAUCAAACCCACUGCCCCCCGCCUGCCCACGGUCCCUGCCACUGCCACGGAUAUAUACGUAGAUUGCAUCCUCUUCCUCCUCCCCUCGAUCACCAUCCUCCAUUGCCAAAGCUCUCGCAUCGAUCGCCACCCACCACCACAUCCAGAAGAAGAAAGAAGAAGAAGCAGAAGCAGUAUAAUGAGGCUGAGCUGCAACGGGUGCCGGGUGCUCCGGAAGGGGUGCACGGAGGCGUGCACCAUCCGGCCGUGCCUGCAGUGGAUCAAGGCGCCCGACGCGCAGGCGAACGCCACCGUCUUCCUCGCCAAGUUCUACGGCCGCGCGGGGCUGCUCAACCUCAUCGACGCCGCGCCGGGGGACGAGCAGCGGCCCGCCGUCUUCCGCUCUCUGCUCUACGAGGCCUGCGGCCGGAUCGUCAACCCCGUCUACGGCUCCGUGGGGCUGCUCUGGUCGGGCAACUGGCACCUCUGCCAGGCCGCCGUCGAGGCCGUCCUCAAGGGCGCGCCCAUCGUCCAGAUCUCCGCCGAGGACGCCGCCGCCGCCAGCCCCGCGCACCUACACAAGGCCGCCGCCUGCUACGACAUCCGACACGUCGCCGCCAAGGCCAAGCCCGCUCCCGCUGCUUCUUCUCCUGCGGCGGGGGCGGCUGAUGCUGCGGCGGCGCCAGCCUCGUCGUGUCCUCCGGCGGACGACGCCCAGAGCAGCAAAGCCGGCGGCGGCAGCAGCCUCCUCCACAAGGUCGCCAAGCCCGGCCGCACCCGCUUCAAGCGCGCGUCGUCGUCGUCGUCAUCGAAAAGGCAGGCCCACAGCAAGCCGCCUUCCGAUACGGAGGACGACGGCCACCAUGUCCACCUGACAGCGGACCACGCGCCCCCCAGCCGCGCCUCGUCCGACGACGACACGCACCACCAGGAGGUGUCGGCGGCGUCGCUGGACACCGACGCCUCGCACGUCAGCCAGGCCGAGCAGGCUACGACCGUGGCGGGAGAGGAGGACCAGCACCAAGAGCAGCAGCAGCAGCAGCCGGCCGGCCUCGACCUCACGCUUGGAUUCGGAUCGUUCGCGCCCUUGGCCGCAGCGCGCCCGCCGACGCCACCCACCGUCGCCGGCUGGAGCGCCGCCGACGAGCCAGGGGUCGUGGGCUUCCGGUUCCUCUAGGCUCUAGCAAGCGGCACCCUCGUCUCUUUGUAGAGGCCGGUGUGUCAGACAGACAGACAGACAGAGAUAGCAUAGAGGAGCGUUCUAGUUGUUUUUGAAUUGGGAACAAACUCAAGUUUUUCCCCCACCCCAAUCCAUUCCUAGAUUUAGGCCAAAAGAGAAGUAAAACUCCUUAAUUGUUCAAAUUAGGCUUCUUUUCCUUUGUUUUCCUUUCUUGAUUGGAACAUGACACCGUUUUUCUGUUUUUUUUCCCCUGUGAAUGAAGAAGACGAAGAAGCAAAUUGAAACAAUUCAAUUUCAUUUCA